AAAGGUUUAAAUGUGUAUCACGUGAUUUGAAUGUUUAUUACACUUCCGUACUUAUGUUGACAACAAGAAGAAACAAGCAAAUAUUUUUCAAAUUUUUAUUUCCUACGGACGUAUCAUUUCCUUUUCAUACGUCAGGGAAGCUUCUAUAUAAUAUUUUCAAAUAUAGUAACUCUGAAUUUUACAUAUCGUCUUACUGUUAUAAAUAGUUGCAAUAGGAAACAUUACUGCCUAAAAUGGCUAAAAGAUGGUUUGGAAGCCAAAAAAAUGUACAUGCGAAUGAAAUGGCAGAGCAUCAAAAACAGCUAGAAACAAGACUUCAUUUUCAAGAAGAUCGUACUAAAAUGUUAGAAAAACAGAAUAUUGAAUUGAAAAAAGAAUUAGUGAUAAUGGCGGCAGAAAAAAAUGAAUUACUUAGCAGACUAAGUCGUAUUGCUGGAGAACAGAUGUCUAGAGGAAAUCCAGAUAUUGCUGACUUGAGUGAUCCCAACAGACCAACGAAGCUGGCUGAAAAAUGGAACUCCCUAUACACGGAAGAAUGGUUAGAUGCAUAUGAAGAGCUAAAAAAGCAGAAAAACCAAACCCAGAUUGUUGAAAAACAGCUUCUAGAUAUACUGGUGCUUUGUUAUCACCAAUGUCAGGAAAUAGCAGACGAUCAAGUGAUGAAACUGAGAUAUAACCUUGAAGAUAUAGAAAACUAUAUGAAGGACACAGAUACAAACCUAAAUAUGUCUCAGAGCAGACGUGCUUCUAGUGCUCGACUAGAUAGAAGUAUUGGGCGAAGAUUUAUGGACGAUAUCAUUAAUACCUACAAACAAAGAAGAUGUAGAGAUUCCGAAUGGAUACAAGCCGUAACGAAGAAGUGCGCAAAUUAUUAUAUUUCAAAAGGAGGAGUACAUUCAAAGCGAGUCUUGUCAUAUGUUACCAAAUGUGCUGAAUUGUGUUGGUUUAUGCGUGUUCACAAUCCACCAAUGGUUAUCGAGUACGAGUUUUACACCGGUCAGGAUAUUGACAGAAAUAAAUUUAAUCUUUACAGUGGAAAAGGGACGAAAGUUGACUAUAUAGUGUGGCCAGCCUUAUUUUUAAACAGAGGAAACAGUUACAGUGUAUUAGCGAAAGGAACAGUCCAGCCUGUUUCUGAAAACCAAUCACACGUAAGACCGAAAAGAAAAAGUAGUGAAAAACUAAGCGAUGGGGUGACACCAGUUUCGAUACACAAUACAAACGAUAUGUCUAGAGUCCAGUCAUCGUCGCCAAUGAGAAGUUCGAUGAAACAGAAAUCCCCAAUGAAAUCACCAUUUAAAUCUACAGGCACUACAUGCAAACCAUCUAAAGACCAAUCUGUGACAUCUGUUAGCGGCGUUAACAUUGAGGUUGGUGAUGACACACAUCAUCAACCAAUAAUUCGUUCAAGAAUAUCAAACCCUGAAAAACUUUUUCUUCCUAGCAAGCAAAAAGGAGACAAACUUCAUUCUACCAAACAAUUGCAAUAUCCAGGAAAACAUCAGACUGAUUUUUCAAAGUCUACGAAAGGAGGACGACACAGAAUUGUUCAGCCAUGAAAUUAUGUCCUUAAGUUAUAAUAAAAUACAUCGAUGUAUUAAGGAAAUAAAAUUAAAUGUUUGAUUAACUUAAAAAAA